AUGAAUCGCCACGGCGGAGCUGGCGGUGGCUUCGGCUACGGCAAAGGCAUCGGCGGUGGCGCUGGAGGGAUCGGAAUAGGUCACGGAGGCGGUCAUAUUGGAGGAAUUGGAGGUGGCGGUCAUAUUGGCGGCAUUGGAGGUGGUCAUAUUGGAGGUGGUCACAUUGGCGGAGGAGGCCACAUUGGUGGCAUUGAAGGAGGUCAUCUAGGUGGAAUCGGAGGCGGUCACAUUGGAGGAGGUCACAUUGGAGGAGGUCAUAUCGGCGGAAUAGGAGGAGGUCACGUUGGAGGCAUCGGCGGAGGUCAUCUUGGAGGAGGUCACCUUGGAGGUGGUCACAUUGGUGGUUAUGGCGGCCAUAUUGGUGGAGGACACAUUGGAGGCGGCGGAAUUGGAGGCGGUCAUAUUGGAGGAGGACACAUCGGAGGCGGUGGAAUUGGUGGUGGCCAUAUUGGAGGAGGACACAUUGGAGGCGGUGGAAUUGGUGGUGGCCAUAUUGGAGGAGGACACAUUGGAGGCGGUGGAAUUGGUGGUGGACAUAUUGGAGGCGGUGGAAUCGGCCUUGAAGGUCAUUAUAUUGGAGGAGAGGCGAUCGAUAAAAGCGCUUACAGCGGCGGAAAGAAGAACGCAGAGGGAGAACAUUUCUCCAAGUCCCAUGGCAGCAAAGGGGGUGAGGUAAAACAUGGUGAAGGUGGAUUUGAAAAAGGUGAACUAGCCGCUAAGGAUGUCAAAGGAGAAUCUGCACAUUACAGCGAUGCUGACGGUGGAAAGAAGGUAGCACAUGAUGGAAAGGAAUACCACGGAGCUGAGCACUUUGACAAAGAAGGAAAGCACGGGGGAGAAAAGACCGUGAAGCAAGGCCACAAGAAGGGACACAAAGUCAAGGGGUACAAGACCUCUCACCACAAAGACGAGUCCGGCAAGACCGAAGAGUUCUACGAUGAAGACCACGACGAAGGCGGCCAUUUCGAGUUCGACGGCAGCUUCGGUAAAUUCGGAGAAGGUAAAGCGGCAUCCUUCAAGGGUGGCCACGAAGAUGGCAAAUUCAACGCUGGGGAAGCCAAGAAGUCCGGUCACUACGAUAACGAAUACUUCGUCGACAAAGCCCACGCUAACCACGGUAAAUUCGGAGAGAACAAAUACGCCGGAAACGAGGAAGUAUACGGAGCUAACAAGGGUGUCGGUGAACACGAUCUUGCUGGACAUCAUGAGUCUAGCAAGUACUAUAAGCACUUCCCCAUACAUUAGUAAGGGUCGGUGACUGUAACGGACGUUAACCACUACCAUCUAGUUUUUAGUGAGACUAUACCUGCUGUCAUAUUUAUUUAAAAAACAAUUACAAGCUA